UCCCAGAGCAGCACCUCACGCCCUGGGCCGGGGCCCCGCACCCUGCAUCACUGGAGGGUGUAAACCCUGUCCCUUUGUCUUUCAGGACAAACACCACGAUGCUGCUCAUGAAAUCAUCGAGACCAUCCGAUGGGUCUGUGAAGAGAUCCCGGACCUCAAGCUUGCGAUGGAGAAUUAUGUUCUCAUCGACUACGACACCAAAAGCUUUGAAAGCAUGCAGAGGCUCUGUGACAAAUACAACCGUGCCAUCGACAGCAUCCACCAGCUGUGGAAGGGGACCACGCAGCCCAUGAAACUGAACACGCGGCCGUCCAACGGGCUCCUGCGGCACAUCCUGCAGCAGGUCUACAACCACUCGGUGACGGACCCUGAGAAGCUCAACAACUACGAGCCCUUCUCCCCGGAGGUGUACGGAGAGACCUCCUUUGACUUGGUCGCGCAGAUGAUCGAUGAGAUCAAGAUGACCGAGGAUGACCUGUUUGUGGACCUGGGCAGUGGAGUGGGCCAGGUCGUGCUGCAGGUCGCCGCGGCAACCAACUGCAAGCAUCACUAUGGCGUGGAGAAAGCCGACAUCCCAGCCAAGUACGCGGAGACCAUGGACCGAGAGUUCAGGAAGUGGAUGAAAUGGUAUGGAAAAAAGCAUGCAGAAUACACACUGGAAAGAGGCGACUUCCUCUCGGAAGAGUGGAGAGAGCGGAUUGCCAACACAAGUGUUAUAUUUGUGAAUAAUUUUGCCUUUGGUCCUGAGGUGGAUCACCAGCUGAAGGAGCGGUUUGCGAACAUGAAGGAAGGUGGCAGAAUCGUUUCCUCGAAGCCCUUUGCGCCUCUGAACUUCAGAAUAAACAGCAGAAACUUGAGUGACAUCGGCACCAUCAUGCGCGUUGUGGAGCUCUCGCCCCUGAAAGGCUCGGUGUCCUGGACGGGGAAGCCGGUCUCUUACUACCUGCACACCAUCGACCGCACCAUACUUGAAAACUAUUUUUCUAGUCUGAAAAACCCAAAACUCAGGGAGGAACAGGAGGCAGCUCGGCGCAGGCAGCAGCGAGAGAGCAAGAGCACCACGACCACUCCCACCAAGGUGCCCGAAAGCAAGGCUGCCGUGCCCGCGGACACCCCGAUGGAUUCCGGGGCUGAGGAAGAAAAGGCUGGGGCGACUGCCAUCAAAAAGCCGUCCCCCUCCAAAGCCCGGAAGAAGAAGCUGAACAAGAAGGGGCGGAAGAUGGCCGGCCGGAAGCGCGGGCGUCCCAAGAAGAUGAGCACUGCGAACCCCGAGCGUAAGCCCAAGAAGAGCCAAACUGCACUGGACCUCCUGCACGCCCAGGCCGCGGCGCAGACGGCAGCGCCCUCGCCGCAGGAUGCGUACAAGUCACCUCAUAGCCCGUUUUACCAGCUACCUCCCAGUGUGCAGCGGCACCCCCCCGACCAGCUGCUGCUGGCACCCACCCCGCCCGCACUGCAGAAGCUGCUAGAAUCCUUCAAGAUUCAGUACUUGCAGUUCUUGGCAUAUACCAAGACCGCCCAGUACAAGGCCAGCCUGCAGCAGCUGCUGGACCAGGAGAAGGAGAAGAACGCGCGGUUGCUAGGCGCUGCCCAGCAGCUGUUUGGCCACUGCCAGGCCCAGAAAGAGGAGAUCAAGAGGCUUUUCCAGCAGAAACUGGAUGAGCUGGGAGUGAAGGCGCUGACCUACAACGACCUGAUCCAGGCGCAGAAGGAGAUCUCGGCUCACAACCAGCAGCUGAGGGAGCAGACGGAGCAGCUGCAGAAGGACAACAGGGAGCUGAGGAGCCAGAGCCUGCAGCUGCUCAAGGCUCGGUGUGAGGAGCUGAAGCUGGACUGGUCCACGCUGUCCCUGGAGAACCUGCUGAAGGAGAAGCAGGCCCUGCGGACCCAGAUCUCCGAGAAGCAGCGGCACUGCCUGGAGCUGCAGAUAAGCAUCGUGGAGCUGGAGAAGAGCCAGCGGCAGCAGGAGCUCCUGCAGCUCAAGUCCUGCGUGCCGCCGGACGAUGCCCUGGCGGCACACCUGCGAGGGAAAGGCUCCCUGGGCCGGGAGCUGGAGGCCGACGCCGGCCGGCUGCACCUCGACCUGGACUGCUCCAAGUUCUCUCUGCCCCACUUCAGCAGCGCGAGCCCAGAACUCUCCAUAAACGGCCAUGCGGCCAGCUACGAGGUCUGCAGUGCGCUGAGCCGGCCCUCGUCCAAGCAGAACACCCCCCAGUACCUGGCCUCCCCCCUGGACCAGGAAGUCGUACCCUGCACGCCCAGCCACAGCAGCCGCUCGAGGCUCGAGAAGAUGUCGGGCCUGGCCUUGCCCGACUACACCCGGCUCUCCCCAGCCAAGCUGGUGCUGAGGCGUCACCUGAGCCAGGACCACGCGGCCAGUGGCAAGACUGCGGCUGGCGAGCUGCACCCGCGAGCUGAGCACGCCAAGGAGAACGGCCUUCCGUACCAGAGCCCUGGCAUCGCAAAUGGCAUCAAGCUGAGCCCUCAGGACCCUCGACCUUCAUCCCCCGUGGCCUUACAGAUGACAGGGGAGAGGGGCGGCGAGAAGGGUUUGAAGGAGCGUGCCUACGCCAGCAGCGGGGAGGCCAUCACCAGCCUGCCCGUCAGCAUCCCGCUCAGCACCGUGCAGCCGAGCAAGCUGCCCGUCAGCAUCCCUCUGGCCAGUGUGGUGCUGCCCAGCCGCGCCGAGAAAGUGAGAAGCACCCCCAGCCCUGUGCCGCAGACCCGAGAGUCCUCGUCCGCACUUGAAAAGCAGAUGGGCACGAAUGCCCACAGUGCUGGAAGCAAAAGCCUCGCCCCAGCUCCUGCAGGCUUCUACACUGGCUCGGUGGCCGUCAGUGGGGCCCUGGCAGGCAGCCCGGCCCCCCUCGCUCCUGGAGCCGAGUCCAGCGCCUUUGACGAGGUCUCCGGCUCAGGAAGCCUGUUCGCCAGCGUGGGGUCCUGCAGCUCUACCCCACAGCACCCGCCCCUGCUGCCGCAGUCCCGCGGCUCUGGCACGGCCUCACCUGCCCAUCCACUCUGCGCCAGCCCCCGGCUCAGCAGUGCCACCCAGGGCCCGCUCCCCGAGGCCAGCAAAGGGGACUUUCCGUCCGAGACCGGCUUCUCCGACCCCGAGGGCGAAGCCAAGAGGAGAAUCGUCUUUACCAUCUCAGCUGGCGGCAGUGGUGCCAAGCAGUCACCUCCCAGCAAACCCAGCCCUCUGCCCACGGGUGCCCGCGGGGACAGCGGCCAGGGCCACGGGUCGGACAGUCGCAAGCGGGGCAGGAGGAAGCGGGCGGCGGCCGGGACCCCCAGCCUGAGCUCCAGCGUGUCGCCCAAGCGUCGGGCCCUGCCGUCCGUUGCCGGCCUCUUCACGCAGUCGUCAGGGUCCCCACUGAACCUCAACUCGAUGGUCAGCAACAUUAAUCAGCCUUUGGAAAUCACGGCCAUCUCGUCCCCCGAGAGCCUGAAGAGCUCCCCUGUCCCCUACCAGGACAACGACCAGCCGCCCGUUCUCAAGAAGGAGAAGCCCUUGAGCCAGACCAACGGGGCCCACUACUCCCCACUGACCUCAGACGAGGAGCAAGGCUCCGAGGACGAGCCGGGCAGCGCCAGAAUCGAGAGAAAAAUUGCAACAAUCUCCUUAGAAAGCAAAUCUCCUCCGAAAACCUUGGAAAGUGGUGGUAGCCUGGCCGGCAGGAAGCCGACCCCUGCCGGUGAGCCCGCCAACAGCAGCAAGUGGAAAUCCACCUUCUCGCCCAUCUCCGACCUCGGCCUGGCCAAGUGUGCCGACAGCCCGCUGCAGGCCGGCUCUGCCCUGAGCCAGAACUCCCUGUUCACUUUCCGGCCCCCCCUAGAGGAGCCCGGCUUGGCCGAUGCCAAGCUGGCUGCCCACCCCAGGAAAAGCUUUCCCGGUGCGCUGUCGGGGGCCGGUGGGCUGAGCCCCAGCAGCAACCCUCCCAAUGGCUUCGCCUUCAGCGGGGGCCUGGCCGCCGACCUCAGUUUACACAGCUUCAGCGAUGGUGCUUCUCUCUCCCACAAGGUUCCCGAGGCCGCCAGCCUGGGUGCCCCCCUGAGCUUCCCCGCCCCGCGGGGCAAGGAGGGCAGUGCCACAGAGCCCGGCGCCUUUGUGAACAAGAGGCAGCUGGACGGACUGGGAGGCCCAAAGGGCAGGGAGGCAGGCGAGCUGGGCCUGCCGGCGUGCGGGCCCCCAGACAAGGUCUCGCUGACGCACAGCAAGCCAGGCAAGGGCCGGGACCGUGAGCCCGACUUGAAGAACGGCCACAACCUCUUCAUUUCUGCCGCCACUGUGCCUCCCGGGGGCCUCCUCAGUGGCCCGGGCCUCGCCACGGUGGCGUCCUCGACAGUCAGCGCGGCCCCCUCUGCCCAGACUCACCGCCCCUUCCUGGGCACCUUUGCCCCUGGCCCGCAGUUCGCCCUGGGUCCCAUGUCCCUGCAGGCCAAUCUGGGCUCGUCCGUGCUACAGUCCUUGUUCAGCUCCGUGCCAGCCGCCGCCGGCCUGGUGCACGUCUCGUCCGCCGCGACCAGACUGACCAACUCGCACGCCAUGGGCAGCUUCUCCUCCGGGGUGGCAGGCGGCGCUGUUGGAGGUGUCUUUAACCACGCGGUGCCUUCCGCCUCCGCUCAUCCGUUUGGAGCCAGUUUCGGCAGCGGGGCUGCGUGUCGCAGCGCCACGCUGAGCUUAACCCCGCUGCAGGCGGUGGCCAGCGCCCCCGCGUCUUCCUUUCAGGCCCCCCCCGAGCUGCUCCCGGCUAACUCUGAGCCUGUGCUUCUGCAGAACCUCGCGUCCCUCCCGGCUAACCAGGCUUUCUUACCCGCCUCUUCUGCCGCCUCUCUGCGGCCCGCUAACGCCUCUCUGUCCAUUAAGCUCGCCUCCCUCCCGCACAAGGCCCCCCGCCCCUCCUUCACGGUGCACCACCAGCCCCUGCCCGGGCUGGCCCUGGCCCAGGCCGCGCCCGUGAUCCCGCAGGCCAGCUCCACGGGGCCGUCUGCCGUGUGGGUUUCCCUUGGCAUGCCGCCUCCGUAUGCCGCGCGCCUUGCGGGGGUUAAGCCAAGAUAAAGACCUUGCUUAGCUAGCAGUUCGUAUUCUGUAAGGUAACUAGGAUUUCUACCUCAACCGCGAGACUAUGCAAGGACGGGCUGGGCCGGCGGCCGGCCACAGGACGGCGAGGACGGACUGAGGACGGGACGAGGCUCUACUGUGAAUCCGCGGUGCGCAGACCUGCGGGAGGCGCUGGGGCCUGGCUCCAGCUCGUACUGUCGAUAGUUUUAGAUAAAGUAUUUAUCGUUUUUUAAAAAGUAUAAACAAUGCUGACUUAUUUUACUCCACCGAAGUCGUAAAGGCGACCUAUUGAGAAGUGUAAAUACUAUAUGUGAAAGGAUCUAUAUAGAGACGUCCGCCCGAAGGACUGGCCCGCCCGCGGACGCGCUGACCGCCGGUCCCGGUGCUAUCUCGACGCAGGCCUCGCCGCCGCCUCGUCCUCUUGGUGCUGACUGGAGGUUGACCAACGCCAAAACCAGGCCGUGAGGCGCCUGCCCUAUUUAUUCCCGCCGCCCCCACCGCUCUUCCUAUACCAAAGGCAUGGCUGUCUCCAGACGGAGGGUGGCUCGCGCUGUUGUGACAUUCCUCAGAAGAGGCCCUCUCCCCAGGGGGCGCCCGCCCCCGCCCCAUCACUGUGAACGGCUCCUACCAGACUGUUGGCCCCUCGAUCCUGAGAUCAGCGCCUUUGGCAUAGGAACGGUCGGCGGGCAUGGGAUGGUCGGACCCUCCCCGCUCCCGUGCGUACCCGCUCUGAGUGGUGCUUGAGGAAGGUCUGGUACCCGACUCCCGACGGCGUGGCCGGCUGCUGCAGCAAGCGCGUCAACUGUCGUGCGUCUCUGCUCGUCUCGGGCUCCCACCGCGGUCACCAAAGCACGUAGUAAGCUCACGGCACGUGGGUCGGUGACGUGGGGCAGGUCAGUCACGGGUGCCUGGUGUGUCUGUACAGAAGAGUGUCACGCUGAUGAGUGACAGUAUUUUAUAGAGAUGUGAUGAAAAUUUAUUAAUUUCAUAGACUUGACUUCAUUUAUUUUUAGAUUGUAUAAUGCACAGUAAACUAAAGAAGAAAGAAAAGUGAGGGGAAAACCUUUCUAUUUAUUCAAGUGCACACAGUGGCAUGGGCCCAGGGCCAGCCCUCGACCCCGGACUCCGUGACCGCAGUUCCUGGGGCGGAGUGGACAGGCCCUGAGCCCCGCCCGAGUCCCUCUGGCCAGUCCGUGCUGCUGCUCCGUCUCCACCCUCCCCAUCCUGGAGCAGCUCUGAUGGUGCUUGGGAGUGAAUGCACUGGGGGGGGGGGGCAGGUGGCCCAGGCAAAGCCAGGAGAGCCGUUCCAGAUGCUUCCACAGACUGCCAGCAGGGCUCUCCAGCCCCCUCCAGUAUAGCAGUCUGCCCAGUGUUGUGUAUGUCUGCGGUCUUUAAAAGGGUGUGUCCAGAGGCCCCCAGCCCCCUGAAAGGGCCAACGUCAGCCAAGGUCCUGGCAGGGGGACCUGGACCCCAAGACGGGUGCUCUAAGGAGGGCCAAGUUGAGUUGGUGCAGGCUGAGCCCUGUCCUCAGUGCUAGCACCCCCCAAGGAACACAGGGAACUUGCCUCUUUCCAAAGGUGGGCUGUGCAUAGGGGUUUAGCCCAUUGCUCAGUAGAGGCCCUGAGCUCCUGGCUGCCCCGGAGGGUCAGCGUGCUGGGCUGGCCUGGCCCUUCUUCCUGCUGAUCCCCAGGGGAAGAUCUAGCUCUUAGGUGGGCGGGCAGAAGCCUUGAGGCCCGCAGGCCAGAGAGGACCACCGCAGGACCCUUUUCUGCCAGCAGCCGCCGCCUCAAGGCAGACCAGUCUGCGUGGGGUGGGUCUGGCCAUUGGCUCCAUUAUGGAAAUUGGCUGGAGCCCUGGUUUCCACAGGCAGAGGCCUGCCAGAGCCCUGCUUUCCUGUGUGCCCUGGGGGUGACGCCCCUGGCCCAGAGCAAUAGUUGAGGCAGAAGAUGGUGCUUGUGAUGGGUUCUUGAAAUCGACCCAUCCUUCUGUAACUGGCUGCCCUGGCUCCCUCCCUCUGGGUUGGUGCUCCUGGCGCACGAAGGUGCUGUGCCCCACCCCUGUGAACCCCAAGCCCUGGCCCCCAGGACAUGGCAGUGUUUGCUCGGCCUGAGAGGGUCCCCCCCCCACGCCCCCGUGUCAGGCGCACAGGCCUCCCUAAAAAGCUACAGGGUGGACAGCCUGUGGAGAGAUCACAGCACGAGUCCCCAGUGUAGAACAGAGCAACCCUGUCCACACUGCAUCACUUCAGGGAGGGCCCGCACAGUCACUCACAUGGGGCUUCCUGCUGACGUGCCACACGGAGUCUCCCAGCACAAACGCUCGUGCGCCGAUGGGCGCGCUGGUGUCCAGGCGACAGCGUGUCUGGGAUCACCCCACAGUGGCCAGGCUGUCCCGGGCAGGAGGAGGGGAGGCAGUGUGUUGGUGUAGAGCGCCCCGGGGCUACCGCCGACCGUGGGCAACUUCAGGGGAGUCCGCUAGGCCGCAGGUGGCUCGGCUCAGGAAAACCUAACCGUGAACACGGCCCUCCUGGGCAGCUCGCCGUCUCUUGCAGCUAUGGACCGUGAUUUACCUAAGGCUCACGUGCCCCUCUUUACCCACCUGCCCGCCCUCAUUCCCGCGGCCCAGCCACACUGGUUUGUGUCCCACGUCUCUCGACCUCGAUUUGUAACUCAGACGGGGCUUCGCUUUGUGUUUCUGGCAGACUGUGUCUCAGUUGGGGGUGCUGGCACGGCCUGUCCCUCCCUGGGCUGCUGGCUUGACCCUCCUUUCCUAAGAAAACCCCAGUGCACUCUGCGUUUCCACCUCUAGGCGCUGUAAUAAAAUAUUUGUUUUCACUUGAA